AAGCGGGACAUCUGGUCACCCUAAGUGUAUCGUUUACAGUGCUGGAUGAAGUAUUUUAUUUAAAAUAAAAUACGAAAAUGUAAAAAUACUACAAGUAAAAGUCUUUCAAACUAAAUGUUACCUAAUAUAAGGAAAAGUAUAGGUUCAAGGUUCAAGGUUUUUUAUUUUGUCAUACGAACAUAGCUAUAGUGUAGUUAUGACGAUGAAAAUCUUAGGUCAUCUGAUCUAACCAAUCAAGUAUGCCUAAAGUACUAGGAUAUAAAUAACUCAUUGUGCAGAAUUGCCCCUUUCAGUAAUAUUUUUAUUUAGUUUAUACAAUUAUUAUUAUUAUUAGUGCAAUACCAGAGCUGUUAUGGAAGGUUAUAUCAGUAGCGAAGUCCCUCCCCUUCCCUUUAUGAAUCGUUUUCUGCGAAAUGAUUGGCCGACUAUGAAAGUACUUCCUGUAAACAUUGACUCUGAUUGGUUCCUCGUCGUUUGACGUUCCGGAUGUUGCAUGUUUUUUUCCGGCCGGCUCACCCAUGGAUGUAGGGCUCACCGUUCCGUUCUCGGUAAAAUGGCAGAGGUCGGUCAUAGGCUAGGGAGCGGGGCUUACCGGCUGUCCGCCCUCAGAAACAGCCAGAGUUGGUCGGUGUGCACCGGAGAGAGUCCCGGUCCUCUGCUGGUCAACUCCCUCAGUGACAGCCGGUGUAAAGAGCAGUCAACCCGGGACCAACAUCAUGAAGUUCAGCCAGUGUCAAGAAGCAAAGCAACACGACUCAAACCAGAGAAACUUUCCGGAGUGACAACAAGUGAAAGUCCACAGAAAAAUGGGACUUUGGGCUGUGUCAGGUAUUUGGAGCUGGAUUCAUCCCGGUUUAUCAGAGAGAGACUUAACACUUACACAACAUCCCUGUACCUCUCAGCGAGGCAGCAGGAGAGGCUGCUGCCCGGCAGGAUGACAUCCUGGAGCAGAGGAGCUGUUUUCAUCCACCCUGACACCUUCAGGUCAGGGCAGGGGUCAGACAGGUGGAGGCGUCUGAAAGCCCAUCCUAAUACCAUGCAGGUAUCUACCAGAAGCUACAGCUGGAAGAGUGACCGCAGCUCAGAGGAGGCUCCCAUUAUGUACAGAGCAAGGACGACUUAUUACGACAUCCUCAGAGUGUCCCCUGGUGCCACACAGUCCCAGAUCAAGACAGCCUACUACAAGCAGUCUUUUCUUUUCCACCCUGACAAGAACCCAGGGAACGAUGAGGCCACGCAGCGCUUCUUUGAUAUAAGCAAGGCCUACACAGUGCUGGGAAACAUUGGCCUCAGGAGGAAGUAUGACCGUGGGAUUCUCAGCAGUUCAGAUGUUCACAGUGCAGGGAGACCUUCCUCCAAAGAGACCAUGAGCAAAUCCUCAGCCCCCCCACAUCAGCAACACUACAGAACCAGGCAGUUCUCCCAAACUGGGAAGAAGGCCAUGUUUGAUUUUGAUGCUUUUUAUCAGGCUCACUAUGGGGAGCAGCUGCAGAGGGAGAAGGACAUGAGAGCCAGGAAGCAGCGCCUGCAGGAGCAGAAGAAGGAGAACCUCAACAAGUGGAAGGAGGGAAGACAUUUGGACUUGACUAUGAUAGUGCUGAUGGCCAUGGCAGGCGUUCUCGUUGUGAAUCUCAGCAUAUCCUGAAAUAGAUGCAGCACCUUGGCGGGUGCCUCUCUGGGGUUGCAUGUUACAACUCUCAGGGAGGAGAAAGAGGGGGAGAGAGAGUGCUACCUCAGACUGUUUUGCAAGUGUUGCACGGUUUUUGACAGUUGAAGAUGAUUUUUUCUUGUGUGUUUUUAAGGAGCAAACAAAGGCUGAAUCACUGGUUAGAGGCCAAAGAUUGGUAUUUAUAAACUGUGUCAUUAGCUGAUUGUUUCAAAACAGCAACUGAGCAUAUUACUUUUCCUCAUUCAUUCACUUUAAGACUGUAAAAACCAGCAGAAACAAAAACUGCAAACACUUACCUAAAAAGUGGGUGCUGAAUGAUCAUACAUCAGAAACGUCAAGAGAGAGAACAUUUACAAAUCGUAUGUACAGGUAAUAUUAUAUUUCACUCUUAAUGGCUUUCUCACCGUUGAUUUAUUUUAACCUAGGUUUCAGAGACAUCAUUACAAUCUUGUCAAAUGGUCACUCUCCUUAUCUCAAGAAGCUGAUGUAGACUGUUAUGGAGGUUUAGUUUUUGUGCCAUCAACAUCUGUACCACCAGGUGUGAAGUUUCUGUGUCUGCACUUAUUUAUUUCAUUUCCAUAGGGACAAGUCUGAAGCCAAACCACCCUUAUUGGCAGCUCUCAUUGAAUUCCUUUCACCCACAUGCUGCACAAGGAUGUGAACAUUGAAUGUCUGAGGCUGGAACACGCACAAUCCCUUUGCCUUUCCUUACACACUGCAUCUGUAAUUCAGGAAAUCACUUUGAAGUGUGCAAAUGUAAGAUUAUUAGAAAAAUAAUACACAUGUAUACACCUAUUUUUGAGAGUGUAUCGAUCUACUGUAUAUUAUGUUAAAUUAAAAAUUAAAAUUUAUUUUUUAAUAGGGGUAACUGUAUAAACCAACUCUCAACCAACAGUUUGAUUCAUAUUUUUUAAAUAGUUUUAUUUAUCAAUGAAGAUCAUAGUUUGUGAUUACCCAGAAUGCUUUGCGUGUUUUUUUUUCUUUCUGCAAUUCUAUAAGAUCUGACCUCUAGAGGGCGCCUGAGCACAUCCAAAUCAUCAUAGGCUUCAGUUGGAGGCCUCUGUGUAGUCUGUAAUGGACGAUACUCAUUUAUGGUAUGGAAGUCUGCUGAGAGCUGCUGUUGUUGAUAAUACAUCAGUUUAUUUCCUUGAAGAUGCUUCCCAGUAGAAACUUCCAACAUGGUUCAUUUCUGGGAUUAAAGGAAUACUUCGCCAACAGAAGGAAUAUUUGUCAAUUACUCACGGUGUGUUACCUUGAAUUCUAGGAGAAUUAUUUUUUUCCAUAUGCCUAUAGUGAACGAAUAAUUAAAAAAAGACUUGUCUUGAAUGAAAGUAUAUGGGGCUGAACUUUCACAACAGUAAAACUAUAUCCAAACAUUUUCACUCUCAUAAUUUUUGUAUAUGUAAUAGAAAGUAGUUAAUUUAAUGUCUUAUUUAUCCAGUUGUAUUCUCAGUAUUUCCCUUACUAUUUAAGACAAUUCUGCAUAGACAGUCUUACGUUUGUGCAGGCAUGCCUCUUUUAAAUAGAAGAUUUAAGCAAAAAAUACACAUGUUUUGUUAAAUGUAUUUUGAAGGAACUGUGAAUGAAAUUGAGACUUGGAUUAUACUUUACAAGUUGUGUGAGAGUUUGUAGCCUGAUGUUUUGAUGCAGUUUUGCCGUUGUUAAAUGGCCCAAAACUUAAAUUCAUUACUUGCAUGAAAGAUAAAUGUUUUCUUCAAGAAUUCAAGGUUACAUGGGUUGAGUAGUUAAGAAUCAAAUGGACAUUUUGUUGGUAAAGAAUUCUUUCAAGUUAUCAGUGUUUAAACUGACUGUAGUGGUCAAACAAGUCAAACCCUUUGAACUAUGAUACUGCUGCACUAGAUCUCAUAAUACAAAUGUGUGGUAGCAUUAGGGCCUAAAUAUGGAAGAUAGGCUGACUCUGUUUCAUUUAAUAAUAUAAACUGAAACAAAUAAAAACCACGACACCUCAGUUAAUACAGAAUACAUACAUGUGAAACAAAUGAUCUCUAUAGAGAGCUCUACUUUAUCAGAUUGUUUUUGUAACACCAAACUCUUCAACUUGUUUAAGCCGUAUGUCAGGCUGUUAGUGACGUGUGUUGAAUAACCGCAGGAAAAAGUGCAACAUUUCUUCACAUUUUAUUCACAGAAAUAUAAAGUAGUAUGUCAAGUACAUCACUUUGUACAAAAUUGCACAGACUCUUCAAAACUCAGUCAGACAACAGAAAAUGUAGCUUAAGAAGUGUUAAGAAAAUAAAAGGGAGGCAUGAGCAAUCUGUGAUAUGUGAGAUGGGCUCUUGCAACAGACAGGCUCCACUGAGGAUGUUUCAUCAAGAAGAAUCAAUCAAUUGUACAUAAAUAAGACUCGAUAGGAAAAAUGUAAUUUACAACAGCUGAGGAAUAAAUAUGUUUCAAAAAUAGGAUUCAAAUUGGCACAUGAACUGCUCCGUUCUCUCCUCGACUGAAAUUUAAAUGUCACCAUUGAAGCUAAAUGGCCGUGCUUGAAAAGCCCAAUGUUGACUCUUGAUAUGUUUAUUCUUUCCGAACAAAAGUUUGCAUAUGUGUGAAGUACAGUAUCUGAAAUCUGGCUGCUCUCUAUUCAUUUUGUAAGGUGUGCCUUGCCAGUUUAAAAAGAAAAAGGUGUGACAUUGUGGGAAGUACAUCCCUGGGUUGGAUCAGAGCAUUGAUACCACUCCACUGAACAUGAAAGUGGUAACCAUUUUCUUAUUUAACUCUUGGCAAUGCAUUUCCAAAAUGUCAAACAUUUCCUUUAAGAAGGUAUUUGGACUGAUAUUGUGUUAUAGUGAAUGUCUGUGAUGUACAUUUUUACAGUAACAUGAGUAUUUUGUUGUGUUUUUCUUACGAGUUAAUAACUCAACAAGCCCAUCACUCUGUCAGCAUAAAGUAAAGCAACAACAUCACAUCUUCCCAUUCAAACAUGGCCAUCUACUACCCCUAACUUACUGCCUGUCCACACCAGGCCGCACUAACAGUACCAAAUACUGCCGCCUCUCUAAAAAGCGAGUCCCCGGUCCGUCCAAUAAAUGCUGGAUUUGGUAUAAUAAUAAUAUCUUCAAGGCAUUACUUCAAGUGAACUCCUAUAUUAACAGCAUAUCUAAUCUACAGGUUAUUGAUAUGAUAAGCUUGAAUACAGAACCAGCACCAGAUGGAGGGACCUCGAAAACCAUGUUUUAGAAACACUACUGCAGCACAACGAUCAUUAAAAAUAUUUGAGCUCUAAUACACCAUCACACACUCUUAUACAAAUAACCCGGUAUGACGGCAAAAUGUAAGCCACCCGGCCGUAUUCAUACAAACUGAACAUGUGUCCAUGUACCAUUUCAGAGUUUCUAAAGUGAUAUGUAACACAACAUAUGACCACCUGUGUGUGUGUAUGUGUUGCAGCCAUUAAUGAAACUGAGAAACAAAGCCAAUUCAUUAUGAUGAGAUAUGCAUGAUCAGUGUGUUUUUAGCAGAAACUGAAGAUAUAGUAAUUACCUGCGUAACAUUUUUGGGUUUUUGAGUUUAUGUGAGAUGGCAAACGCUAUGACCAACAGUCUAUUCAAGUCCAAGGUAAUUGUCAGGCACUAAGACCCUUUAGGCUGUAGACGUUUUAAGAAAAACAUGUCCGAGCUAACGCUAACACGCCCAUGAUUGCACUAAAUUCACACCACCUGUUGUCCUCCUAGAUGUUUAUUAACCUGCAGCAAAGACCAGAGGAAGUUUCCUGUUCUCAUCUAUUCAGCCUGUGACUUGAUCAUUAAGCUAUAACGUUAGAAUCAGUGAGAACAUCGUGCUUUUUUUUUAAUGUAAGCAUGUUCGUAACUUUUGGUUUUACCAAAAUACCUUUUAACUAUGUUCUCUAUAUCUAGCAAUUACAAACGACUUCAAUUCACAAGACAGGACACAAAACGUUGAUCAAAAACUACUAAACUAGAGUUAAUUACACCAUUACAACAAUAAGUUAACUACUCAAUAGUUAGCCAAUCAUCAAGUCAACAUCACGUCAGUGCCCUAUUAAAACGCUCAUAGUGUUAUAUUAUUAUACCAAGGGUUCCCUUUAAAGAACCAAACUGCUGCUGUUAGCUUAGCAUCUGAAAACUACUAUAAUCCGUGUUACUGACCAAUUCGGGAGGGGCUGUGUGUUCAGGCCGCCGGCAGUUGGAGGUCAUGGCUGUCUUUGUGUCUGUGUUUUUAUCUAAAGAUGAAGAGUUAACUUGUAAUAUCUGUUCAUCAACAAGCUAAGUGUUGUGAUAGCGGACGGUCCACACGUGAAGAACAAUGACGUCACAUUCAAGCGACGUAAAAAGUACUUCUUCGUUAAAUUUAUUAAAAGCAGCUUAAAAUCAGACGCCAUCUACUGGUCAAACAGGUAGGUACAUUUUGAACAAGUUACAUAUCUACUGUAUAUUUUGCCAGUGUAUCUAGGGUGACCGGGGCCCUUUCUCAUGUCAUCAAAUGUCCCAUCCUCGACUCCUCGGUCCUCCGGUAGUGACCCGGAAAUGAA